AUGAGUACACAAGUUAAACAACAACAAUCGGCAAUAAUACAACAACAAAAGGAAACAAUAACACAAUAUAGUUCAUCGCCAACAAGUGGAUCUAGCUCCAGCUCAUCGAUGACGCCAUCAGUGUCAUCAUGUUCAUUGCCAUUGAUCCAUCAGUGGAGCGAGUCGGAGGAGCGCUACACAGACACGUCGUUCUUCCCGUUGCCAAUACGCUUUGACAAGCUGAUCCCGCUGAGCGAGCGCUACAUCACUCAUAGCUACUUCCAGCGCCACAAUGGCAGCUCGUCGUUCAUCGGUCUGCUCACAAAUGCGCGCUUCUACAAGGUCGACCCAGACACAAACAAGAAGAACUGGUCUAUCGACUUGAUCGACGUGGUGGCGGUCGAGGGCGACGACUUGGUCGACCCACGCGUCCUCCGCAUCGUCUACCACAUUCGCGAUGGCGGAGCGGCCAAUGGCGCAGGCAACGAGUACGACGCCGAGGUGUCACCGCCAAACUCGCCGCUCAACUCGAGCAGUGGCGGAAGCGGAUACCAUCGCCAGACGCUCAAGCGUCGCGCCAGCUUCAGCUCUCCGGGUUCAUCAGCAUCGAAUGGCGACAAUGGCGCACCAUGGGCCGAGAAGAUAUUGAUGGCCGAGAGCGAAGAUGACCGCGACCACUGGUUGAUCGCGAUGCGAUUCCUGGUGCGCAACCUGUUCCAGAAGCAGUUUGAAGCGGCCAUACUGCCUGCCCCCGAGGUGUACCAGCUGCACCUCUACGUGCACAAGUCCAGUCGCAAGGGCAAGAGCCAAGUCAAGUGCAUGUUGCUGUCGACCGAGCGUCUCUACUGUCUGAGCGUCAAGCAUUCGUGGGCGAUGGGCAAGGUCAAGUGGUCGGUACCCUACUCGGCGCUCAAAGGUCUACAAAUAUCCAAGAUCAACUGUAAUCAACUAGUUGUCACACUAGACAACAAGGACAACACCAAACUCAAGGACGUCCAACAGUUCACCAUGAGGGAUGUGUUUGAGAGGAAUAUGUUUUUGAAUGAGUUGAGGAGAUUGUAUAACAAGACAACAAAGACACACUUGCCACGCGAAGAGAAGGAAGAGACUGUACCAAGACGUGCAUCAACAAGGAAAUGA